AUGCUUGAGGAACAUGCUGCCCAGCUGACUGAAUUGCUCCAGGGUGCCCCACUCCCCAGCGUACCCCUCCCCAAGUCCCCAUCUUGUGGCUACGAAAUGCUAAAGAGAAGUCCACAUGCCAGAAGACCAGCUGCUAUCAUGUCCGACGCCAAUGUAAUCAACUCCGCCGCAGCUGUGGACACUCACCCAAUGAGGAUUGUUUUCAACAAUACCUUCCUCUCGUCGAGCACCAACAAACAGACAUGUUCAUCAGUGGGCCAGAUAGUCUCUUUGAACAAUGAUAAUGGCCAUGCCACAAGUUACUCAUGCACAGCUCAGGAUGUGCUUACGCCAGGUCUGAUCAAUGUAAUCAAGAACACUUUGUUGCCACACAUUACAUCCACCUAUGGAGAUGUUCUGUCAGUCACAGGUCCUGCUCGCCAGAUUGGCACCAGGCCAUUCUAUGGCUGUGCCGGUGAGGACUACACCAUCGACCUUAAGAAUGGUUUUGAAGGUGAUUAUAUGUUCUACGUCACUGCUCAUCCAACCUUGGAUGAUGGCGUCAUUGCCUACGCCACCGCUUGCUUGCAAAAGUCAGACACCAAAGCACCAAUAGUUGGACUGAUCAACUUUGCACCAAAGUUCUUUGCCAACUUUGCCAACGCAUCCUAUGCCAAAGAGAACCAGGCUGAGUGGCAUACAUUCUUUGCUGUAUCACUUCACGAGGCCACUCAUGCCCUUGGCUUUGCCUCUGACAUGUACAGUGACUUUGCCACUGUCACUCCCUCGAGUCCUGCAACCAAGAAUGUUGUUUCCAAUGAGGUCUCCCCAACUGGAGCAGCCUACACAGUUCAAAAGACUUUCUUGACCACACCCGCUGUUAAGGCCUUCAUUCAAGACCACUAUGGAUGUAACUCAAUGGAAGGUGCUGAGCUCGAGUCCAACGGAGGUUCUGGAACUGCUGGCAGCCAUUGGAGCGCUCUUCGCAUUGGUGAGGAGCUGAUGCUGGGCUAUGCCCAGGCCUCGGCGCCACUCACUGGACUCACCCUGUCCCUGCUCAAGGACUCUGGCUGGUACACCACAAGUCAGACCGACGACGUGAAGCCCUUGAUGUGGGGUCUCAAGAAGGGAUGCGACUUUGCCCUUAAGCCAUGCUCGCCCACUACCUGGGGAUUCGAGGGUUACUGGACCGCCGGACUCACAGCCAACAAGCCAUUGGUGUCUUGCACAGCUACCAGAGCCGGUGUUGGUUACACAUCCGUUGUAACUUACAAGUCACCCCUCUCUGCAGAGUACCAGCACUUCUCUGACAACACUUGGGGAAGCAUCAAUGGCCAACUCUUCUCCUACUGCCCAUUCAACUCAGCCGAGGUUUACUCUCAGUCUUAUUACUGCUUCGACACCAACAAGCAACCCAAUGCCAAUGGAGAGGUGUUUGGAGAUAGCUCGGCAUGCUUCAUCUCUGUCAGCAAUGCGUCUGCCACUACCACUGCUCCAACCUGUUAUCCACAGAGAUGCACCAACAAGCAACUCCAAUUCCAGUAUGCCAAUACUUGGUACACAUGCCAGGCACCAGGCAGUGUUGUCUCAGUCUCACAGACGCUCUCUGUUCGUUGCCCAGCCGACUGUAACGCACUUUGCCAAUAUGUCGCCAAUCAUCCAAACACCAGUGGCGGUAGCACCACUGGCCUGUCCACUACUACUGCCAGCACCACUACUGGAGAGUUGACUUCAACAACUACGUCUAGCACCACAACAAAGCCAUCGAGCUCGACGUUUGUCCAAGUGAACGCCAUGAUGGUCUUGGUUGGCCUGGUCCUUGCUUUAAUAAUAUAA